GGGGGAGUAUAUAGAGGAACACAGGGGUCUGUACAAGGACGUGAUGAUGGAGAAUCACCGGCCCCUCACAUCACUGGAUGGGCCCAGUAACAGAGAUACCCCAGAGAGAUGUCCCCGUCCUCUGUAUUCCCAGAAUUGUACAGAGGAGAAUCACAGGAUCCCACAGGAGGAGCAGGGUGAAGGUCUUACUGAUAUCAAGGUAGAAGAUAUAGAGGGAGAAGAAGAGACGUAUGUGACUGAUAUCAAGGUAGAAGAUAUAGAGGGAGAAGAAGAGACAUAUGUGACUGAUAUGAAGGCAGAAGAUACAGAGGGAGAAGAAGAGACGUAUGUGACUGAUAUGAAGGCAGAAGAUAUAGAGGGAGAAGAAGAGACGUAUGUGACUGAUAUCAAGGUAGAAGAUACAGAGGGAGAAGAAGAGACGUAUGUGACUGACAUGAAGGCAGAAAAUAAAGAGGGAAAAGAAAAUACGUAUGUGAGUGAUAUGAAGGCAAAAGAUAUAGAGGGAGAAGAGACGUAUGUGACUGAUAUGAAGGCAGAAGAUACAGAGAGAGAAGAAGAGACGUAUGUGACUGAUAAGAAAACAGAAGAUGUAGAAGGAAAAGAGACGUAUGUGAAUAAUAUUAAGGUAGAAAAUGAAGAUAAAGAAGAGGAGAUGUAUGUAAAUGAUAUUAUGGUAGAAGAUCGAAAGGGAGAAGAGAUGAACGUGACUAACAUUAAGGCAGAAGAUACAGAGGGAGAAGAAGAGAUGUAUGUGAGGGGUGAUCAGCUUUGUAAGGAGGUGACAAUCCCUACAGAUAUCAGCACAGCAGAUGGAUGUAACAGCAGGAAUAUCUCGAAGGAAAAUCUAAUCUUAUCUCCAGUUUGUGAAAUAGAAGAUGAUGACAUCAAACAAGAUUCUCUGGAGAAAACCCUCAAUAUCCCAAUUAUACAUCCAGUACCCCACAGUGCAGAUGUAUCAUCUGAUCCUACUUCUAAUGAGGAACGUUCUCCUGGUACAUCAAGUACAGCUCUUAGAGUAGAUAAAAUAUUUCCCUCUAUUAUAGAUGCCAAAUGCUCUACAGAGAACACAAAGCUUAUUAUCCAUCAGGCAGCUAAGGCAGGUGGGAGUUCAUUUCCAUGCGCUGAGUGUGGGAAAUGUUUUUCAAAAAAAUCAUCUCUUGAUAGACAUAAGAGAAUUCAUACAGGUGAGAAGCCAUUUGCAUGUUUUGACUGUGGGAAAUGUUUUACAUGGAAAUACUCUCUUGUUGGACAUCAGAAAAAUCACACAGGUGAAAAGCCAUUUCCAUGUUCUGAAUGUGAGAAAUGUUUUAUAUGGAAAUCACAGCUUGUUAGACAUCAGAGAAGUCACACAGGUGAGAGGCCAUUUCCAUGCUCUGAGUGUGGGAAAUGUUUUAUACGGAAAAUACAUCUUGUUACACAUCAGAGAAGUCACACAGGUGAGAAGCCAUUUCCAUGCUCUGAGUGUGGGAAAUGUUUUACACGGAAAAUACAUCUUGUUACACAUCAGAGAAGUCACACAGGUGAGAGGCCAUUUCUAUGUUCUGAGUGUGGGAAAUGUUUUACACAGAAAAAUGAUCUUGUUGUACACCAGAGAAGUCACACAGAUGAGAGACCAUUUCCAUGCUGUGAAUGUGGGAAAUGUUUUGCACACAAAUCACAUCUUGUUACACAUCAAAGAAGUCACACAGGCGAGAGACCAUUUCCAUGUUUUGACUGUGGGAAAAGUUUUACACAGAAAAGACAUCUUACUCUACAUCAGAGAAGUCACACAGGUGAGAAGUCAUUUCCUUGCUCGGAGUGUGGGAAAUGUUUUGCACACAAAUCAAAUCUUGUUGUACAUCAGAGAAGUCACACAGGUGAGAAGCCAUUUCUAUGCUCUGAGUGUGGGAAAUAUUAUGCACACAAAUCACAUCUUGUUGCACAUCAGAGAAGUCACACAGGUGAGAAGCCAUUUUCAUGCUCUGACUGUGGGAAAUGUUUUUCAUGUAAAUCAUAUAUUAUUAACCAUCAGAGAAGUCACACAGGUGAAAGGCCAUUUCCAUGUUCUGAAUGUAAGAAAUGUUUUAAAAUGAAAUCAAAUCUUGCUAUACAUCAGAGAAGUCACACAGGUGAGAAGUCAUUUCCAUGCUCGGAGUGUGGGAAAUGUUUUGCACAAAAAUCAAAUCUUGUUGUACAUCAGAGAGGUCACACAGGUGAGAAGCCAUUUCUAUGCUCUGAGUGUGGGAAAUGUUAUGCACACAAAUCACAUCUUGUUGCACAUCAGAGAAGUCACACAGGUGAGAAGCCAUUUUCAUGCUCUGACUGUGGGAAAUGUUUUUCAUGUAAAUCAUAUCUUAUUAACCAUCAGAGAAGUCACACAGGUGAAAGGCCAUUUCCAUGUUCUGAAUGUAAGAAAUGUUUUAAAAUGAAAUCAAAUCUUGCUAUACAUCAGAGAAGUCACACAGGUGAGAAGUCAUUUCCAUGCUCGGAGUGUGGGAAAUGUUUUGCACAAAAAUCAAAUCUUGUUGUACAUCAGAGAGGUCACACAGGUGAGAAGCCAUUUCUAUGCUCUGAGUGUGGGAAAUGUUAUGCACACAAAUCACAUCUUGUUGCACAUCAGAGAAGUCACACAGGUGAGAAGCCAUUUUCAUGCUCUGACUGUGGGAAAUGUUUUUCAUGUAAAUCAUAUCUUAUUAACCAUCAGAGAAGUCACACAGGUGAGAAGCCAUUUCCAUGCUCUGAGUGUGGGAAAUAUUUUACAGUUGAAUCAUCUCUUUUUAGACAUCAGAGAAGUCACACAGAUUACGGCGCUGUAUACUCCCACGCCCUCGUUGCCAGGAGUCAAUUGAAAACACAGUUUAAAAAUGACUGGGUAUCGUACCCCAACUUACACGAAACAGGAGGUGAUGACUCCUAUCAAGGCAUCGUCCAUGGAGAAGCUGCUGCGGUCCAUUGUUCUAAUGACGUGACUGCUCCAGAGUCACGGUUGGAUUCUGAGUUUUCCAAAGUCACAUUUGGAACCAACCCAGAGAUUGUCAUUUCUGAGAAUGAUCCUGGGGACGGGAGUGCAGAGGGUGUUUCUUCCGCGGGACAUGGAGUUGGUGAUCUAAUCCAUGGUCCGGGAUGUCCUCAAGCCACCCCGGGUGUUGGUUCCUCAAUGCAUUCGCCUAUUGGGAAAGAUGGUGGCCUCUUACGAGGCUCUCCAGUACGGGAGGUUCCAUGUUCGGACCUACCAACUGGAUCUUCUGGACAAGUGGUUGGGUUCUCACCUCCAAAUGCAUCAGAGAAUUCGUCUGUCGCCAAGGUUUCCAUCGCUUUUUUUGCAGCCUCCCAGUGUUCGUCGAGAAUAGAUCAGAUCCGAGGAAAGGAGCGGAGGUCUGCAGCGGGGACAGAGGGGGAGUAUAUAGAGAAACACAGGGGUCUGUACAAGGACGUGAUGAUGGAGAAUCACCGGCCCCUCACAUCACUGGAUGGACCCAGUAACAGAGAUACCCCAGAGAGAUGUCCCCGUCCUCUGUAUUCCCAGGAUUGUACAGAGGAGAAUCACAGGAUCCCACAGGAGGAUCAGGGUGAAGGUCUGACUGAUAUCAAGGUAGAAGAUAUAGAGGGAGAAGAAGAGACGUAUGUGACUGAUAUCAAGGCAGAAGAUACAGAGGGAGAAGAAGAGACACAUGUGACUGAUAUGAAGGCAGAAGAUAUAGAGGGAGAAGAAGAGACGUAUGUGACUGAUAUCAAGGCAGAAGAUAUAGAGGGAGAAGAAGAGACGUAUGUGACUGAUAUGAAGGCAGAAGAUAUAGCGGGAGAAGAAGAGACGUAUGUGACUGAUAUCAAGGCAGAAGAUAUAGAGGGAGAGGAAGAGACAUAUGUGACUGACAGUAAAACAGAAGAUAUAGAGGGAGAAAAAGAGACGCAUGUGACUGAUAUGAAGGCAGAAGAUAUAGAUGGAGAAGAAGAGACGUAUGUGACUAUGAAGGCAGAAGAUACAGAGGGAAAAGAGACGUAUGUGACUGAUAUGAAGACAGAAGAUACAGAGGGAGAAAAAGAGACGUAUGUGAGGGGUGAUCAGCAGUGUAAAGAGGAGGAAGUCCCUACAGAUAUCAGCACAGCAGAUGGAUGUAACAGCAGGAAUAUCUCAAAGGAAAAUCUAAUCUUACCUCCAGUUUGUGAAAUAGAAGAUGAUGACAUCAAACAAGAUUCCAAUAUCCCUAUUAUACAUCCAGUACCCCACAGUGCAGAUGUAUCAUCUGAUCUUACUUCUAAUGAGGAACGUUCUCCUGGUACAUCAAGUACAGCUCUUACAGUAGAUAAAAUAUUUCCCUCUAUUAUAGAUGCCAAAUGCUCUACAGAGAACACAAAGCUUAUUGCUCAUCAGGCAGCUAAGGCAGGUGGGAGUUCAUUUCAAUGCGCUGAGUGUGGGAAAUGUUUUUCAAAGAAAUAUCUUGUUAGACAUCUUAGAGUUCACACAGGUGAAAAGCCAUUUGCAUGUUUUGACUGUGGGAAAUGUUUUACAUGGAAAUCAUCACUUGUUGACCAUCAGAAACAUCACAGAGGUGAGAAGCCAUUUCCAUGUUCUGAGUGUGGGAAAGGUUUUACACAGAAAUCACAGCUUGUUAUACAUCAGAGAGCUCACACAGGUGAGAAGCCAUUUCCAUGCCCUGAGUGUGGGAAAUGUUUUACAUGGAAAGCACAGCUUGUUAUACAUCUGAGAAGUCACACAGGUGAGAUGCCAUUUCCAUGUUCUGAGUGUGGGAAAUGUUUUACACGGAAAAUACAUCUUGUUACACAUCAGAGAAGUCACACAGGUGAGAGGCCAUUUCCAUGCUCUGAGUGUGGGAAACGUUUUACACGGAAAAUACAUCUUGUUACACAUCAGAGAAGUCACACAGGUGAAAGGCCAUUUCCAUGUUCUGAGUGUGGGAAAUGUUUUACACAGAAAACUGAUCUUGUUGUACACCAGAGAAGUCACACAGAUGAGAGGCCAUUUCCAUGCUCUGAGUGUGGGAAACGUUUUACACACAAAUCACAUCUUGUUUCACAUCAAAGAAUUCACUCAGGUGAGAGACCAUUUCCAUGUUUUGACUGUGGGAAAAGUUUUAAACUGAAAACACAUCUUGUCUCACAUCAGAGUACACAUACAGAUAAUCCGAAACAUCGCCCAGCUGAGAGGCCAUUCCCAUGCUCUGAGUGCGGGAAAUGUUUUAAACAGAAAUCACAUCUUGUUAUACAUCAGAGAAGUCACACAGGUGAGAAACCAUUUUCCUGCUCUGAGUGUGGGAAAUGUUUUAAACAAAAAUCAUAUCUUGUUAUACAUAAGAGAAGUCACACAGGUGAGAAACCAUUUCCAUGCUCUGAGUGUGGGAAAUGUUUUAAAGAUAAAUCAUAUCUUGUUACACAUCAGAGAAUUCACACAGCUGACUGGCCAUUUCCAUGCUCUGAGUGUGGGAAAUGUUUUACAACUAAAUCAGCUCUUGUUAGACAUCAGAGAAGUCACACAGAUUAGCUAUUGUCAUGCUUCGAUUCUUGGAAAUGUCAGAAAUUAGAUGGUUCACAAGAACUUCCUUUAUUUACACUGGAGAAAUGUGUUUACUAAUGGGAAAAUCCAUGUGCACUGCAGGGGAGAGAGAUGUAACAUGUGCAGAGAGAGUUAGAUUUGGGUGGGUGUUUCUGUGCAGGGUAAAUGCUGUCUGCUUUAUUUUUACACUGCAAUUUAGAUUUCAGUUUGAACACACCCCACCCAAAUAUAACUCUCUUUGCACAUGUUACAUCUGCCCGCCCCCCCUCCCCCAGCGUUUCAGAGGGUUUUGCCCAUUUGCUAACAAAUUUGCUGCUGCGAUCAGAUCUGAAUUAGGCCCUUUAUUUCUAAGAAAAACCCAAUUAAGAAUAGUAUUUUGAGACUUCUGAUUCUGGUGGGCUGAUGAGAGGACGGUGAGCAUGUGACGCUGCACUGGCCGCCCCAGCUUCUUUUUUCACGGCUGUUAAGCCUCUCAACGCAGGCACGCGCUGCUGGAGACUGUGGGGGAGGAGUACCGUUGCAUGGAAAGGUACUUCUCCGUAAUGCCAGGGGGUAAAUAACGCAGCCGAAGGGAGAAGGAGCAGCGCCGCGCACAAUCAAAGAUGGUACUGGACCCUGUCUCCUCUCAAGUGCAGCAUGACCAGGCUCACCUUUGCCAGGAGGACGGCUCCCACACAGCAGAUUCUGAGGACUCCUCAGAAGAAGACUCCCUUCCAGUCCAGCAGACUAAAGCACAAGGUGGAAAGACUAAAGCACAGGCAGUAAAGGUAAUGGUGCCUGAUAAAACGCUGCAACCUGCAGAAAAACAGUUUACACAUGCAGACAUGGUGACAGCCAUUUAAGCAGGCUAUCAGUCCCCUGUUUAAAGAGCAGACGGCUGAUAUCAGUAGCCAACUGGCACAACUCACGCAGAGGGUCCUUGGCAUGGAACAAAGAUUGGGAGAGACCUUUACAGACGUAGAAAAAUCUACAUCUCGAAACACUAAAGAUAUCUUGCAAUUACAUAACAAAAUACAAGAUUUAGAAAAUAGAUCCCGUAGAGGGAAUCUCAGAAUUAUUGGCCUGCCAGAAGCUGUCAAGGGUCAAGAUUUAUUUGAUUUCAUAAAAAAGCCCAUGCCUGAAAUGCUGCAGAGAGUGCUCUGAUCUGAUUAUAAAAAGGGCUCAUAGGUUAGGCCCGAUAAGGCCCCACGGGAGUACGCCAGACCCCGGGCAGUGAUAUUCAAGCCUUUGAAUUUUCUUCACAAAGACUUACUAUGGUCUGCAUCUCGCAAGAUGAAACAGCUCGUCUGGGAAGGACAUAAGAUUCUGCUAUGUCAGGAUUACUCAGCAGAGCUAUCUAAAGCUAGACGUGACUUUGCCCCUAUAUGCUCCCGUCUCAUCCAAGAAAAUAGAAAAUUUGCCCUCUUCUACCCAGCGCGGCUGCGCCUGUAUAAUGGUUCACAGUUUGUUGAUUUUCUAUCCCCCUUGAAUGUAGAAGCAUAUCUCAAGGAAGCAUCUGGGGCCAACGUGGACACUUCCAUGUCAGACUGUGAAUGAUCCUUUACUUAUUUUUUGCAGCAGUUCGGACUAAUAUUCUUCCUUUUUGGAUAAUGUCACUAUAUUAUUCUGAUUGAAACUGCCUGGCAUUGCAGUAAUUGGAUCAAAACCCGGCCGCCUGAACUUAUAUAUCCCACUUUCACCUAUGUUCUUUUGGAUAUCUCAUCAAUCCCGUAUUCAUAUUGUCCAGGCAUAGUAUAUUUGGUACUCCAUAUACAGGCCUGCGCUGUUGCGAAUAUGCAGUUUCUUUUUUCUAUAGUAACGAUUGCUAAUAUGUUUAAAUAUAACUUUGUUCCUACUGUAUACUAGCUGCAAAUAUGCAUAGUCUUUACGCUAACACACACCUUGCAGAAUUUGCCUACCAUGUUCAAUUAAUUAACCUUGACUGGUGCCUGGCGGCCCCUAUCCACAAUUAGUAUACAUGCUACGGUUUAAGCUCAGCUUGAUUUUUGCUUAGAUAAUAUAUAUGGAGACACUUCUGUACUAGAUCUUUUUCCACACAGUCCCUAUUUUCUUGUUGGGCUUGUUAAUUUCCCCUCACUGGGAUUGCGGGUUAUUGUGGACAGUCUCCUGGAGUUAAAUUGAUAGAACAAAUCUAAAAAGUUCUGAAUUAUGAUACGCUCUGUGAUUUAGCUGAUUCCACUAUGGUUGUGCAUUGCCUUCUUAUUGCUCCUUAUAGGCUGGUGGUUGGUCGGUGGCGAAGUUCAAUGUUGUAUGGUUUCUACUCUAAGCGGCUGGUUGUUGCUUAAUGUAUAUGGAAGUGAUCCCUGAGUUGGUGAAAAGGUUAUUUCUUGUCUUUUUUGUUUGUAUUUUAGAAUGCAUUAUGGUGUCCCCCCCCCCCCCUUUCUUCCCCCCUUCAUCACCUGUGUAUCUUAAGGUUACUGAUAGCGUCCCCAGUAAUAAGCUCACAUACGCUUGGUGGUUGCCCAAUGAUCAUUUUACUCUCGGCAGAAAGUGCUUUAUUUGUUAAGAUGACCCCAGGUGCAGUCCCUGAAAUUGUGCUAUGGCCCUGCAAAUAGGCAACUGGAAUGUGGGAGGACUUAACGCCCCUAAAUGUGUCCUCAUGUAUUUCAAAAAGUUACAUUUAGACAUUGUAUGCUUGCAAGAGACGCAUCUUUUACAGAGUGAAGUCCUCAAGUUAAAUAUUCCAGGCUGGAGAGUUCUGACGUCAGCCUCUUAUAAUUUAAAAGUGCAAGGGGUUGCAAUUAUAGCUUGAUCUUCCUUAUCGAUAGAGAUUUCGGAUGUCAUUAUUGAUCCUAUGGGACGUUAUAUUGUAUGUAAAUUGUCAUAUGAAAAGAUUAUUUUGUGCUUCUAUAUACGCGCCAAAUGUAUACUCUGCUAUUCCUGAUGAAACUUGUCUCUAUUUUACUACCACACUCACACCUACCCAUGGUACUCUGUGGAGACCUAAAUUUAGUCGCCCUCUCCCACCUUGAUAGACAGACGGCCGCUUCCUCUAACGUUCAGCUUCCAAAAUUCGGGGUGCGAGAAUUUGCACGGAACCUUCAAUUGCUAGACUCUUGGCGCACGCUACACCCAACUGACAGGGAUUACUCCUGCUUAUCGGCUGCUACUGGCCGAAUGUCUAGGAUAGAUUACAUACUGACGUCAAUAACUCUUCUUCCAAAGAUAUCCAGAGCUAAGAUGGAGCCGAUAACGAUUUCAGAUCAUGCGGUUGCCUGGAUUGAGUUAGCUUCCAAUAAAGGUAGCUCAAUACGGUGGCGGUGUCCUUCUGCUAUCAACACUUCUUACUCCUUAAGGGAUGCAAUAUUUAAGUCCCGAGAUAGACAAUUGUGAGACGAAAUUGACUAAACCCACAUUGUAUUGGCAAGCCUUUAAAGGACGCUCAGGGGGGUUAUUAUUUCAAAUACUGCUGCCCAGAAAAAGUAUGCCAUUUUACAAUUCACUCAAGCGAAAGAUUGGCUGACUUCCUCAUUUCAGUUCUAUAAAUCCAAACCAUCGGUGACUACUAAAGCUUCCUAUAAUAAGGCCAGGCAACAAUUUGAAGCCUGUUUAUUAAAAUGGAGGCGUCUUAUUCCUUUACAAAGAGCUGCAAAUUUUAUUGGUUUGCCAAUAAAUCUAGUAAACUUCUUUCCAACCUCUUGAGAGGACAGCAAACACCAUCUACAAUUUACCCCUUGGUAAAGAGGGAUGGGACUACUACAUCAUCCAAUACUCAGAUAGCGGAGGUCUUGAAAGAUUUCUAUACUGCCUUAUACUCAAACCCACAUGUAUGUAGUCCUUUAGGAUUCUUCUUUUUGGGAAGGUUUAGCUCUGCUGCAAAUGUCAGAUUCUUUGGGUUUAUUAAUUUCUAAUAUUACCACAGAGGAGGUUGCUUUGGCAAUUCCAUUUAAGAUCAGGUAAGGCUCCAGGGCCUGGUGGCUUUACUCCUGAGCUCUAUAAAAUACUUGUCCCUCGCAUUAUACCCAUUUUGGUUUUAGUUUUUAAUUCUAUAUUAGACUCUGGAGACUUGCCACUGCAUUAUAACACAGCACAUAUCAAAGUCCUUCUUAAGCCCGGUAGGGAUCCCUCUGACCCUGGGUCACACAGGCCAAUUUCAUUAUUAAAUAAUGAAUACAAAAUGUUAACAAAUUUUUUUAGCAAAUCGCUUGAAAUUGAUUCUUCUAAAUCUUAUUCAUGAAGAUCAGACGGGAUUCGUGCAGGGUAGAAGUUCUGCGAUCAGUGUACGUAGGGUGCUGUUGGCGGUGGGUGGUUCCCAGGGCGCCAUGUCGAACACACCACAGGCUAUACUUUCUUUAGACGCGGAAAAAGCGUUUGACAUGGUGCUCUGGGCCCAUCUCUAUGAUGUGCUGCUGCGUUUCUCCUUCCCUAAGAUAUUUGUAAGCUUUCUCGAGACUCUUUACACACAGCCCACAUCACAACUGAUCUGUAAUAGUUUACUUUCAGAUCCCUUUCCAAUAAUGAGGCACUCGUCAGGCAGUAGGGGGUCUUGCCACGGGCAAGCAGGACUUUUGCCCGGGGCACCGCCUUCCGGAGGGCGCCGGGCAAGAUCUGCUACUGCUGUGCCCCCCGCUGUCCGCUGUGUCCCCCUGGAUCCCCGCUGUGGAGAGGACCUGUGCUGUGCGGUGCACGAUGACGUCAUCGCUCACCACACAGCAUUGUGGGACUGACAGACGCUAGGGGUCAUAAUUGACCUCUACUGUCUGUCUAUUGCAGAUCCGAGGAGAGGAGCGGCAGCGGCGGAGGUCUGCAGCAGUCGGGAGCAGGGAUAGUAAGUAUUCUUUUUUUUUUUCAUUCUCAGCAGCGCUACUGUACAGGGGGCGUAACUGACCAUGCCACCUGUAUGAAGCCACGCCCGUAUUUCCCACCUGGGGUGCCAAAAGGGCAAGAACCGGUCCUGUCGUCAGGGAUGCCCCCGUUCCCCUCUACUGUUUAUAUUGACAUUGGAACCAUUGGCUAUUGCCAUACGGCAAUUUCCGUUAUACCAAGGAAUUUGUAUAGGCAAGAGAGAUCUUAGGGUAUCAUUAUUUGCCGAUGAUAUGCUCCUUUACCUUUCCAACCCAGCUCAUUCUAUCCCGGUAAUUUUGGAUUUGAUUUCUCAAUUUGGAAACAUAUCCAAUUAUAAAAUAAAUGUAGGCAAAUCAGAGCUGUUAUUUAUAAAUGGGAAGGGCCGUCACACUAGGACGGAAGAUAGAGAGUGGAAUUUAAAAAUGAUGCCUUCUCACUUAUAAUACCUUGGUAUCCUUAUUUCUAACAAUUUAUCUACUAUUUAUGGUUUGAAUUUUAGCUCCAUCGUUUCGAAGAUGGAAAAAUCACUAGAGCAGUGGCAUGACUUACCUCUAUCUCUAUUAGGCAGAAUAGAGGUGGUUAAGACUAUUCUUUUACCCAAACUGACGUAUCAUAUGCAGAUGUUACCCCUUAAACUAAGAAAGACAUUAAACACAUUGCUGUUCUAAAUUUAUUUGGAAAUCAAAAAAGCCAAGGAUUGCUUCAUGGAAAUUGCGGUGUCCAAAAAUGGGUGGGGGAUUAGGCCUACCGGACCUUACACAUUAUUCUAGAGCACUUUUAUUUAGAUUUGCGCUUGAUUGGUUGACGGAGAGUAGCACGUUCACCGAUUUUGAACUAGAACAUGGAUUUUUCCACCCGUACUCUCCGGGAGCUCUAUUGCUUACCCCGAGACGCCUUAUUCCUAAACAUAUUGUCACUAUUUUAUUAUUUAAGGAUGUUUACGAAGCUUGGGGCGCAGUAAACACUACAUUGCACAGACAGACGACUAGACUAGAGUGGAUUCCCAUUUGGGGUAAUCCCCUCCUUUACACCGGGUUUGGAAAAUUUUGCUUGUUUGAGACUGAUCUCAAAGGGUCUUACAGCCAUGUCACAAGUUUUUGAUCCUGGUGGCAACAUCAAAUCCUUUCGAGCUUUACAAUCUGAAUUCAAUAUCCCCAGUAGUAGCUUCUUCUCCCUGAUGCAAGUAACACAUUUCUCCUUGCAACAAUAUCAGUG